CGAGCGCGGGGCGCGGAGCCCGCCCGGGCCGGCGCGGGGCGCGGAGAGCGCGGAGCGGCCGCCAUGGGCAACGCGGGGAGCGUGGACGCGCAGCAGACGGAGCUGAGGGCGCACAGCGUCCCCCUGAAGCUGCCCAUGCCCGAGCCCGGCGAGCUGGAGGAGCGCUUCGCCGUGGUGCUGAAUGCCAUGAACCUGCCUCCCGACAAAGCCCGGCUCCUGCGGCAGUAUGACAACGAGAAGAAGUGGGAGCUCAUCUGUGACCAGGAAAGAUUCCAAGUGAAGAAUCCUCCACACACUUACAUCCAGAAGCUGAAGGGAUAUCUGGACCCAGCAGUGACCAGGAAGAAAUUCAGGAGACGAGUCCAGGAGUCGACUCAGGUGCUCCGAGAACUGGAAAUUUCCUUGAGGACAAACCACAUUGGGUGGGUCAGGGAGUUCCUCAAUGAAGAGAACAAAGGCCUGGAUGUCCUGGUGGAGUACCUGUCCUUUGCCCAGUAUGCAGUCACGUUUGACUUUGAGAGCCCGGAGAGCAGCGUGGAGAGCUCCAUGGACAAGUCCAAGCCCUGGAGCCGCUCCAUCGAGGACCUGCACAGGGGCAGCAACCUGCCCUCUCCCGUGGGGAACAGCGUGUCCCGCUCCGGCCGGCACUCCACGCUCCGGUACAACACGCUGCCCAGCCGCAGGACGCUGAAGAACUCGCGGCUGGUGAGCAAGAAGGACGAUGUGCACGUGUGCAUCAUGUGCCUCCGCGCCAUCAUGAACUACCAGUAUGGAUUCAACAUGGUCAUGUCCCACCCCCACGCCGUCAAUGAGAUUGCACUGAGCCUGAACAACAAGAACCCCAGGACCAAGGCGCUGGUGCUGGAGCUCCUGGCAGCUGUGUGCCUGGUCCGAGGGGGCCACGAGAUCAUCCUGUCCGCAUUUGACAACUUCAAGGAGGUGUGUGGGGAGAAGCAGCGUUUCGAGAAGCUCAUGGAGCAUUUCCGGAACGAGGACAACAACAUUGACUUCAUGGUGGCCUGCAUGCAGUUCAUCAACAUCGUGGUGCACUCCGUGGAGGACAUGAACUUCCGAGUGCACCUGCAGUACGAGUUCACCAAGCUGGGCCUGGACGAGUACCUGGACAAGCUGAAGCACACGGAGAGUGACAAGCUGCAGGUGCAGAUCCAGGCCUACCUGGACAACGUGUUCGACGUGGGGGCUCUGCUGGAGGACGCCGAGACCAAGAACGCGGCCCUGGAAAGGGUGGAGGAGCUGGAGGAAAACCUGUCCCACUUAUCUGAAAAACUCCAGGAUACGGAGAACGAAGCCAUGGCCAAGAUUGUGGAACUGGAAAAGCAACUGAUGCAAAGGAACAAAGAACUGGACGUGAUCAGGGAGAUCUACAAGGAUGCCAACAGCCAGGUUCACACCCUGAGGAAGAUGGUGAAGGAGAAGGAGGAAGCCAUCCAGCGCCAAUCCACGCUGGAGAAGAAGAUCCACGAGCUGGAGAAGCAGGGAACCAUCAAGAUCCAGAAGAAAGGGGAUGGGGACAUCUCCAUCCUUCCCGUGGCCCUGGGCUCCGGGAUGGUGCCAGCAGGAGCAGAGGCGGUGCCAGGGACCUGUGCCACACCUGGAGCUGCCUCCACAGUGCCACUGCCCCCACCUCCGCCCCCCCUGCCCGCCCUGCCAGGCUCACCUGAGGCAGUGCCCAACGGCCCCGUGGCGGUGCCUGUGCCACCUCCACCACCUCCACCUCCUCCUCCUCCUCCUCCUCCUCCCCUGCCGGGCCCAGCCCCGGAUGCAGCUCCAGCGGCUCCGCUGCCGCCGCCGCCGCCCUCGGCUCCCCCCCUGCCCGGCACAGCCUCGCCCACCGUGGUCUUCAACUCUGGCCUGGCAGAUGGGCCCAUCAAGCUCUUCUCUGUGAAGAUCAAGAAGCCCAUCAAGACCAAGUUCCGCAUGCCCGUGUUCAACUGGGUGGCCCUGAAGCCCAACCAGAUCAACGGCACCGUCUUCAACGAGAUCGACGACGAGCGCAUCCUCGAGGAUCUAAACGUGGAUGAAUUUGAGGAGAUAUUCAAAACGAAAGCCCAGGGCCCAGCCAUGGACCUGACCUCCAGCAAGCAGAAGAUCCCUCAGAAAGGAUCCAACAAGGUGACGCUGCUGGAUGCCAACAGAGCCAAGAACUUGGCCAUCACCCUGCGCAAAGCCGGCAAGACGGCGGACGAGAUCUGCAAAGCCAUCCACGUGUUUGACCUGAAGACGCUGCCGGUGGAUUUCGUGGAGUGCCUGAUGCGGUUCCUGCCCACGGAGAACGAGGUGAAGGUGCUGAGGCUCUACGAGAGGGAGAGGAAGCCCCUGGAGAACCUGUCAGACGAGGACAGGUUCAUGAUGCAGUUCAGCAAGAUUGAGAGGCUGAUGCAGAAAAUGACCAUCAUGGCCUUCAUCGGCAACUUCGCCGAGAGCAUCCAGAUGCUCACCCCGCAACUCCACGCCAUAAUCGCUGCCUCUGUCUCCAUAAAGUCAUCCCAAAAACUUAAGAAAAUCCUGGAGAUCAUCCUGGCUCUUGGGAAUUACAUGAACAGCAGCAAACGAGGGGCUGUGUAUGGAUUUAAGCUGCAGAGUUUAGACCUGCUCCUGGAGACCAAGUCCACGGACCGGAAGCAGACGCUGCUGCACUACAUCUCCAACGUGGUGAAGGAGAAGUACCAGCACGUGGCCCUGUUCUACAACGAGCUGCACUACGUGGAGAAGGCAGCAGCAGUGUCCCUGGAGAACGUCCUGCUGGAUGUGAAGGAGCUGCAGCGAGGCCUGGAGCUGACCAAGCGCGAGUACACCAUGCACGACCACAACACCAUGCUCAAGGAGUUCAUCCAGAGCAACGAGGGCAAGCUCAAGAAGCUCCAGGAUGAUGCCAAAAUAGCCCAGGAUGCCUUCGAUGAUGCUGUGAAGUAUUUCGGGGAGAAUCCCAAGACAACUCCACCCUCGGUCUUCUUCCCGGUGUUUGUCCGCUUUGUGAAGGCCUACAAGCAAGCAGAGGAAGAGAACGAGCUGAGGAAAAAGCAGGAACAGGCCUUAAUGGAAAAACUCAUGGAGCAAGAAGCGUUGAUGGAGCAACAGGACCAAAAGUCCCCAUCCCACAAGAGCAAGCGGCAGCAGCAGGAGCUGAUCGCGGAGCUGCGGCGCCGGCAGGUCAAGGACAACCGGCACGUGUACGAGGGCAAGGACGGCGCCAUCGAGGACAUCAUCACAGUGCUGAAGACGGUGCCGUUCACCGCCCGAAGCGCCAAGCGCGGCUCUCGGUUCUUCUGCGACCCUGUUGUCCCUGAGGAAUUCCAUUACUAAACUCUCCCUCUUUCACACCUGACGCUCUUAGAAACCAGGAAGAUCUCCGGAACCAGCCGUACCGCCGGGCCGACGCGCUGAGGAGGAGCGUGCGCCGCCGCUUCGACGAGCACGGGCUGCGCUCCAACGGCGCCGAGCUGGCCAUGUGAGCCACGGGCUGCGGCACAUCCCGCCCGCUCCGGGGAACGCGGACCUCCUCCUUCUCCUCCUCCUCCGCAGCGAUCCCGGCCCCGUGCCGGGCUCUCCGCGCCAAGUGCCUCAAAUGGAAGCUCCUGCUCCGACGGAUCCAAGCAAUAGGAUUGGGCUUGGUUGGGUUUCUCCGGACUCUGCCGAGACUCUGCAGGAUUUGUAACCAAAAUGUAAAAUAGGGGUUGGGUUGGGGGGGUUGGGUUGGUGAGAGCAAGGGCUCCUGUGGGCCUGACUGGUUGGAAACUGGGAAUCCUGGGAAUACUGGGAUGUGCUUGGCUUUUAACGCUGGGCCGAGGGGCAGGCCCGGCCUUCAGCUGCACUUAAUGGCUCUUUUUAAUUCAAUCUACAAACAAAGAUAUUUGAGGGAUUUCUGUACCUGGAACUAAAAUAAUCCCAAGGAAGAGCCCAGCCCUUUUCCCAGCCCAUGCAGCCUCCACAUGGAAGGUGGGCCCACAGUCCCAGGGCUAGGAAUGGAACAGGAGGUGCCCCCAGCCCAGCGCGGGGGUUUGGGAUGUUCCAGGGCUUUGGCUGGGCGGCCGAGGCAGGCAGCGUUGGGAUAACAGCGUAUUUAUUAAUUAGCACUAAGCAAUUAACACCCAGUAAUCAGUAUUAGGCUCUGAGGACCAGUGCAGUCCAGUUCCUGGCAGGGGGAUUCCACCCUUGCUCCGGCUCCGAGACGUUCCCGCUCGGAUCCCUGCUGAGGCUCCUUCGGAAGGGAAGCCCAGCCUAGAAUUCCCAGUAGGGUUUAGGUUCUCCAUGGCAUUUUCCAAGCCUAAAAAGGGACAGGGGGCUGAUUUAGGACCAUGGUGCCCCUCCCUGUGGCCCGGAGCAGCGGGAUGGAUCCCACUCCCUGCCAGCAGCAGCCAGGAGUUGGGAAGAGCUGGACUGAGGAGAAAGUUGUCCUUCCCAAAUCCCAUUUUGCUUCCAGCUUCCCUGCCUGGGCUCAUCCAUCUGUUAAUUGUAAAAUUUCUUGUAUAGUAUUUAACCACUGAAUUUCUUUGCCCUUUUCCAUUGUGCUCCUGUGAACCACUGGUGAAGGUCCCUGUUUUGUUUUUUUUUUUUCCUUUGGAUAAUGUGUAGUUAUAUGAUAAUCUGUUUUUAAAUGUACAGAUAUUUUGCUACAAAAUUGGUGCAGUUUUUUAUGGUUUUUACACUUCCCCCCCACUUUAGCCUCUGGGUAAUAUUGUAAAUAUUGUUUAAAAGGAAAUAAAUGCAUCGAGCCUGUGCUAUACAAUCUGAAUGUUAUUUUAACUUAUAGUUUUUGUUUUUAUAUUUAACUAAAAGGACGGUUUUGGACUCAGAGUUACCACAUUGACCAAUUUCCAGGAAUUUUUCCUUGAAAAACUGCCAAGUUUUGCAUUUACAGCACUGUGUACUUGACCUGCUAAAGAGAACAUGCCACUGUUGGAACGAGUGUUUAGAUCAAAGAAAAUUGGAUAAUUUGAAUUUCAGAUUUCAGCACUUGUUGGGGUAUAAGCACUAAAUCUCAUUUUCUUCAGCUCAAAGGUAUUUUUGUAAUAAAAGCCUGAAUGAAAGCCAAGCUGGCAUGUUCUCUUUAAUAUUUUUCUAGUCAUAGAUCUGCUUCUUAGCAAGAUUAGAAGUGUUUCUAAAGCAGUUCACGUUCCUUUCCUGGUUUGUUCCUGCCAUAAAAUCAAAUAAACUAUUUACACUACUA